AUGACCAGGUUGAAGAGCUGCUUGUUGACAGAGAUCAGCUGUUCUUCUCUGGCCUCAGCUCUGAAGUCCAACCCCUCCCACCUGAGAGAACUGGACCUGAGUGACAACAACCUGCAGGAUCCAGAUGUGAAGCAGCUGCGUGAGCUUGUGGAGAGUCCAGACUGUCGACUGGAGACUCUGAGAUGGAAGAACUCUAGUUUGUCAGAGAUCAGCUGUUCUUCUCUGGCCUCAGCUCUGAAGUCCAACCCCUCCCACCUGAGAGAACUGGACCUGAGCAACAACCAGCUGCAGGAUCCAGAUGUGAAGCAGCUGUGUGGUUUUCUGAAGAGUCCAGACUGUCGACUGGAGACUCUGAGGUUGAGAUACUGCAGGUUGUCAGAGAUCAGCUGUUCUUCUCUGGCCUCAGCUCUGAAGUCCAACCCCUCCCACCUGAGACACCUGGACCUGAGUGACAACAACCUGCAGGAUCCAGAUGUGAAGCAGCUGUGUGGUUUUCUGGAGAGUCCAGACUGUCGACUGGAGACUCUGAGGUUGAUGAACUGCAGGUUGUCAGAGAUCAGCUGUUCUUCUCUGGCCUCAGCUCUGAAGUCCAACCCCUCCCACCUGAGACAACUGGACCUGAGAGGAAACGAGCUGCAGGAUCCAGAUGUGAAGCAGCUGCGUGAUCUUAAGGAGAGUCCAGACUGUCGACUGGAGACUCUGAGAUGGAAGUGGUGGUCCUCCUAAAGAUCUGACGGAGGAAUCAGAAGAAGUGGAGAUGACUCAGUGCUGCAGUCUGAACUUAUCUGAGAACAGCUCCACUGUCACACACAUAGUCCAGUCCAUCAUCACCAUCAUCAUCAUCACCAUCAUCCCUGUGUGUUCCUCUGGACCUGACAGAGCAUCAUCCGUGUCUCUGGACAAGGGUUUAAUGCUUUACUGUUAAUAAAGUUUUUCAUAGAGGACGUCCUGUUAGAAAAUACAUCCAAACAUGAUCUGAUUAAAAUACGAGAUUCGUUAUAAAUGAAACCAUCAAACUUUAUAACUAAUCAAAAUUAGCUUCAACAUUAAAAUGCUGCGUCAAGGCUGAGUGACUUGACGCAGUUCAUACAGUUAGAGAAUAUCAAAUACACACUCAGGGGGUCCAGGGACAAAUUCUUCUCCAUCUGGGAUCCCGUGUUGAAGUACUUAGGUGGACUUAAAAUCAUGCCCACUUAGUAUCACAUAGCAACCCUUCUCCAUUUAUGAUCAUUUGUUCAUGCAAACCGUAGUAUAAAGUGCACAGCGUCAAUAAUGAUAAACCUAUGUAUAUGUUUUCUCUUUUCAUCUGGGUGGGUGUCCUACAUGUUCCGGAUGGGUGCUUGUGUUUGUAUAACAAAGGAAACAAGGCUAAAAAAUCAUAUUGAAAAUAAUGUGUGAGCAUUGUUCCAAGGAUUUUUCCUAUGUUUUAUUCUUGUGUACAUACCUUGUAUCAUUGAUGCUCAAUAAAAAUAUAUUAAAAAAAAAAAAAU